AUGCUGCGACCAACAUUAGUCAUAUGGGGUCAAAGAAUCAAGCCAUCUACUCACAUCAAAUUCCUUGGAGUCAAUAUCGACCAAGAACUACAAUGGAAGGAGCAAGGUGCAGCAGCUAUUGCAAAGGGAGCAGAAUGGUUAGCACAGUUCCGAUGGAUGGCAAAGCCUGCAGGAGGGGCAUCCUUCAAGCACAUGAGGAGACUCUACCUGAGUGUUGCUGUUCCAAGAAUCCUCUACGCAGCUGACAUUUUUCUAACACCGGAAUGGAAAGGCACGAAACAAGGAGGAGGGGUCAUGGGAGCAAGACUGUCAUCAAUCCAAGGACAGAUCGCAAACAUGGUAAUGGGCAGCAUGCGCUCAUCUCCACAUGAUGCAGCAGAAGCCUAUACAGGUAUCAUGCCAUUCCACCUCCUGGUUGAGAAAAUCAGAUUCACGGCAGCCUUGAGACUGGCAACAUUACCAGUGACACACCCCCUACACUCUGCAGUCAAAGCCGCGGCAAAAAGACGGAUCAAGACUCACCCAACUCCCUUGCACGACUUAAUGCAUACAUUCAAAUUGCAACCUGAAAGCAUGGAAAAGAUCAAAGGUGUCAGGCAGGGUCCGAAAUGGACCUCUCAAGUAGGGACUCACAUAAUGAGAAACAAGGAGAAAGUGGAGGAUGAGGAGGAGAAAAGAGCAGGUGAUGAAGUAAGGGUGUAUACGGAUGGAUCAGGGUAUGAAGGGCGGAUAGGAGGAUGUACAGAGGAGGAGCCGUCAAAGGAACACUCCGAUACCGACUUGGGAAAGAAGCAGCACACACGGUCUAUGAAGGAGAGGGUGUUGGGCUAA